AUGGACAAUAACACAGGAAGAACUGAGGGAUCCGGAGAAGCUGGUCGACAGCAUAAGAAGAGGGAUCUGGGAAGGGCCGAGUGGAGUCGCCAAAUGCCAGAUAAGAGAGGACGGAACGAAAGGGACCAGCAGGUGAAACGAAGGAAGCUCGAAAAUGGAGAGGAAGUUGUUACUCCUAUCUAUGCUACGGAAUUCUCCCAGGAGGAUAUUGAGAACGAGCAGCGACGUCCGAAGAAGAAGGUCGCGGUCUUGCUCGGGUAUUCCGGGACAGGAUACAAGGGAAUGCAAUUGAGCACCACCGAAAAAACUAUUGAAGGGGAUCUCUUUACCGCGUUUGUCGCUGCCGGCGCUAUUUCCAAGGCCAACGCUGCCGAUCCGAAGAAGUCCUCGCUGGUGCGUUGCGCACGCACAGACAAAGGUGUUCAUGCCGCAGGCAAUGUUGUCUCUCUCAAAAUGAUCGUCGAGGAUUCAGAUAUCGUCCAGAAGAUCAACGAGAAGCUCGGUCCCCAGAUCCGGGUUUGGGAUAUUCUAGUCGCAAGCAAAUCGUUCAGCAGCUACCAGAUGUGCGAUUCCCGAAUUUACGAGUAUCUCAUUCCCUCCCACUGCUUCUUGCCACCCCAUCCUAGCACCUACCUCGGCACCAAGCUUGUGGAGUUUGCUGAGAAAGAAGACGACCUUGAAGGAUAUAAGGCGCGCCAGGAAGAGGUUGCAACUUACUGGGAUGAAAUUGAUGAGAAAACCAUCCGACCGCUACUGGAGAGUUUCCCGGAAGAUAUCCGGAAAAUGGUCGAGCAAGCUCUCCAUUUGGACGACGAGGAAACGCUCACGCCACUUGAAACACCUAAGCCCGAACAGCAGAAGCCAGCAGAAGAGACCGAGUCUGCCCCCGCAGAGGAAUCAUCCGCAGAAAACCCUGCAGAGUCUGGAGUCGACGAAGAGACCAUAGCCUACAGGAAGAAAAUCCUCGAAUCCGUCAAGAAGGUGAAGGCAGCCUAUCUAACCUCGAGACGAGCAUAUCGCAUUCCUCCCGCACGCCUGGCCCGUAUCCAAGCUGCACUGGAUAAGUAUCUGGGGACACGCAACUUUUACAACUAUACUAUCCAAAAAACGUACAAAGAUCCCUCCGCCAAGCGACAUAUCAAGACCUUCAAACUCAACCCCGAGCCUAUCAUCAUUAAUGGCACCGAAUGGCUUAGUCUGAAGGUCCAUGGCCAAAGCUUCAUGAUGCAUCAGAUCCGCAAAAUGGUUGCUAUGGUCGCCUUGAUUGUCCGCUGCGGCUGCGAUCCCCAGCGCAUUGUCGACACUUACGGCCCAACGAAGAUCGCUAUCCCCAAAGCGCCAGGGCUUGGCCUAUUACUCGAGCGUCCCGUCUUUGAUGUCUACAACAAGAAAGCAGUGGACCUGGACAAGAAGCCUAUCGAUUUCGACAACUACGCCACAGAGAUGAACGAAUUCAAGCAACGCGAGAUUUAUGAUCGUAUCUUCCGAGAAGAGGAGCAGACUCAUGCUUUCUCCGCAUUCUUCAAUCACAUCGAUCAUUACCCCCAGGAAGAGUUCCUCUACGUCACAUCCGGCGGUCUCGCGUCUGCAAAAUCGAUAGCUGUCCCAGGAGAAGACCAAUCUAAAUCUCAGUCUGGACAGAAAUCCCAGAGCGAAGCUUUAGCACAGGUUGAAAUGGAAUCCGAGGACGAGCGUGCCGGGGAAGAAGAA